AUGUCUGUCAGACGUCGAAGCUCUUUGCCCAGUCCUAAUAGAUUAUUUCAUCCUUCUCAUACAAGUAGACUUAAAAGCUUUGAAUAUGAAGAUUAUUUGACUGAAGUGAGCAAAGUGGGACUAAGAUAUGUGAACUCAGCACUUCGAAGUGUGGCUUCAAGUCCACGAAGUCAAACGCCUAACUUAUCAAGUGAUGUUAGCCUCUCGGAAUCAGAGAAUUCUGUUCUUCAAUAUUUAAAAGACUUUGGAAAAUCUAAAAUAUAUCGAGAAGCUAAUUAUCCGCGAACUUCUACCAAUAAUGAUGAAAAAAGGAGGUCAGCAGUUACAUCUUCAGGAAAAGAACAAUUCAUAGGAGAAGAAGAAGACAAUAGACCAGAAAUUAGUGAAUCUAAGCCAAGAUAUUCAGUUGAUCACUCAAUUGCAACCGGAAAAAAACAAAGAGGGUCAAGUGAACCAAAAAAACGAUCGAUCGUUAGAACAUUAAAUGUAGAUGAACGUCCACAAUCAGACACACAGAGAGCACAAAGAAAAUCUAUCGAACCAAUGGUGAUGAGAUCGUUUGAGCCACCAAAAAUGGUUAGACCUUCUCUAAUAAAUAAAACAGAAUAG